AUGGAUAUGUACACAUGGCAACAUAAUAGAAUGAUUGAUCUCUUCAUAAUAGUUAUAGUAUUCAUCUUAUUAUGUAAUCGCUGUUAUCAAAUGAAUGAAUUAUCAUCUUGUUCAGAACCUCGAGUAUAUUCAAAUAAGUCAGGUUUAAUUAAAUCCCAUACUCAAUAUGGAAUAAUGAAAUAUACAUCCAAUUUAUACUGUGAAUAUUUAAUUAAAGCAUCAUUUAAUUAUAAAAUUAUUAUUCAUAUAGAAGAACUUGAUUUAGAAGAAACGAAUAGUUGUAUGUUUGACUACUUAUUAAUUGCAGAUGAGUAUUAUACAGAUGUAUAUACAUAUUGUGGUCAAAUGAAAUUACCUAAUCCAAUUGAAAUCAAUAGUUCACAAGUCUAUAUAAUAUUUGGUACAGAUGAUGCUAAUCAUGGAAAAGGUUUUCUUCUUCACUAUGAAACAAUUGAGAAAGAGUCAUUGAAACCGAAUAGUUUUUAUUCAUGUGGAUUAGCACUUCAAUUCAAUGAUGAUGGCUUUGAAUGUAAUGAUAUUCAAAUGGAGAGUAGAAUUAUUGGUGGAGAAAUAUCUAGACCAGGUCAAUGGCCAUGGAUGGUAUCAGUAAGAGAAAAUAAUCAAUUUCGAUGUGGUGCCAGUUUAAUUAGUAGUCAAUGGUUAUUAACAGCAGCUCAUUGUUUUCCAAAAAAUAUAAAUCUAGACAAUUGGACAGUCCACAUUGGUGAUUCUUAUUUAGAUUGGACUGAUAGUGAAGAGAUAUUAAUGAAUAUAAGUAGUAUAUUAACUCAUCCAAAUUAUCGUCUACAUAAAUUAUAUGAUUAUGAUUAUGCAUUGAUAAAAAUUGUUUCACCAAUUCAGUAUACUUCAAAACGAAGACCAAUUUGUAUAUUGGAUACAACAUUGAUGAAUACUAAUGAAUUAGAUCGUUGUUAUGUUGCAGGAUGGGGAAGUUCAGAAGAUUCACCAAUAUCAAAUGAAUUACGUCAUCUCCGUAUUCCACUACUUAAUUUAACGGUAUGUAAUCAAACAGAAGCAUAUCAAGGAAAAUUAACUGAAACAAUGAUAUGUGCUGGAUAUAUUAUGGGUGGUAAAGACUCUUGUCAAGGAGAUAGUGGUAGUCCAUUAAUGUGUCAAUUACAUAAUACUACUGAUUAUGCAUGGUAUCAAAUUGGAAUUGUAUCAUUUGGGAAAUCAUGUGCUGGUAAGCUGACAGUUACUAAUCAUCUACCCAUAAAAAUAAGUCACUAUUUUGACCAUGUGUAA